AUGAAUUUCCCCAGAGCGAGCGAUUCGCUUUUCAGCACCAGGGAAGCCUUAGAUGCUCUUUCGCUUCAAAGCUCUUUCAAGCCCAAGAUCAUUGUUGGAAUUGACUAUGGCACCACAUUCUCCGGCGUCAGUUUCGUUACUACAGAUAAAAGCAGCAUAGAAGAUAUCAAAAUUAUCGAUGGAUGGCCAGGAGAUAGCUUUCAAUCUUGGAAAACACCAACCAGAAUCGCGUAUUGUCAGGAGAAUGACAGACUUAAGGCUAACGAAUGGGGCUUUCGAGUUCACCCCAAGCUCAAGUCUUACUCUUGGACCAAGUUAUUACUCGACAAAAACGCGAACGUAAGCGAGCAUGAUGACCCAGGACUCAGCGGUACAGAAGGGAUUGGAGCGAUCCAACUUCCUUCUUUUCGUGACGCUCAGGGCGUAUGCGAGGACUUCUUGAGCGAAGUAUACAAGCACACUGCAAAGGUGAUUAAAUUGCAAAUAACCGAGUCAACCUUUGACAAAUUACCCAUGGAGUGCUGGAUCACAUUACCAGCUAUAUGGUCGGACGAGGCAAAAGCAGCUACUCUCGCAGCAGCAAAGAAUGCUGGUUUCGGCCGUAGAGAAACAGACGAAGUUUUCACCAUAUCUGAGCCGGAGGCAGCUGCAAUCGCGACUCUCAACAAGUAUACGAAACCUGGUGCCUUGAAUCCCAUCAUGCAAAAUGAAAACAUUCUCAUCUGUGAUUGUGGAGGUGGAACUGUUGACAUUACAACAUAUAAGAUUUCACAGGUACAACCUUAUCUUCUUUUCGAUGAACUUUGCGUUGGUGCAGGAGGAAAAUGCGGUUCUACUUAUAUCGACCGUAAUUUGCAUGCCCUGCUAUCCGAAAGAUUUGGGUCAGCCUUCGAUGAUCUCUCGUUCGGAAUUAAAGGCCCUGGUAGUAGAUUUAUGACUGAUUUCGAAGGUUUGAAGCGAAAUUUUGGGCGUGACGAUAAUGAUGAUGACCAAGAGUUGGGUCCCAUCAAUAUGAAUGCUCCGGAGUCAGAGUUCUACGAUUCUGACAACAAGUUUGUCGUUAUCUCAAAUGAUGAUAUGAAAACUGUGUUCGACCCAGUUGUUGACGAGAUCAUCAACUUGGUUGGUAACCAAAUUGAAGAAGCAGAAGCUCGCAAAGAUGCCAAAAUCAAUAGAAUUAUCCUUGUUGGCGGCCUUGGCGAGUCCGCUUACCUCAACAAGGUACUAGCAGAGUGGUGUGAAGAAAAUGGAGAAAUUGCUUUGCUCUGUCCUGCAAAUCCUCAAGCUGCAGUUGUCCAAGGAGCUGCUUUACGCGGUCUUGAGGGAAUCGCACCCCAAGUCAAAUAUGCCAGGCGCCACUACGGUUACAGAAUAUCGUUCCCCUUUCGCGAGGGGGUAGAUCCAAAGGAGAGGUCUUACGUGGGCAGGUUUAAUGGAAAAGAAUACUGUACUGGCAGAAUGAAGUGGCUCAUAUCGAAAGGAGAUGAAAUAACUAAAAACACCAAUUUAAAAACAUCAUUUACUUUGAUUUACACACCAGGAGAACCCAUAUAUGAUCAACUACUUCUAUAUUCUUGCGCACUUGCAAAAGCACCUGAAUAUUUCGAUGACCCUAGAGUUGAUCUAGUCGGGACCGUAGAGUCAACGAUCAGUCGAAAGUUUGAUUUUGGCAACAGUAGCCAGUGUAGAUACAAUGAGACACUGAAAGAAAUCAUCCACAAGUGUAUUUUUGAUGUUCAAGUUCGAUUUGGUGAUAAAGGGGAUAACUUGAACUUCAAGUGCACUGUCAAUGGCAAGGAGGCUGGUUCAUCAGUCAUAAAAUUCGAUAAAUGA